GUUUGCUCGCUUCUUCCCGCAACAAUUUUAAAAUUCACUACUAAAGACCGCCGGUUCCGGUGUCGAACCGGCAGUUAUUCAAUGGUUUUUAACGGUUUUGAACCACCGGUUUCCGAUGAUUUUUUACUGUACCAGCUCGAUUUCACGGUUUUUCGGCGGUUUUUCGCAGCGCCCAGAACCUGGGGUUCCGGCACGGUUUCGAUUCUGGAAUUUUGGAACCUAAACCAAAGUGGCGGUUUCGGUUCUAUUUAAAUUUCAAAGUUCUGGUUCGUAACAGUAAACCUUGGGCAUCUCUACCGACAGGUAAGUAGGCCCGAAACCAUAAUUUCCGAUUCAAAACCACAAUUAACUGGUGGAACCGCCGGUUUCAAUUCGUAACGAGAUUUAACCAUAGCCAGCCUAGAUAAAUCGGGAUCCCAUUUACAACAGAACCGUAAGAGUCCGAUUUUGGAACCGACGGUUAACCAGCGAUCUAGUUAAAACUGGACACGUCUACCCCAAUGCAUCAAAAAGGUCUGCUGGAGUCUUAUAUUCCACCAAUUCCCAUCGUAGAAAACAUCAUCAUAAUUCAUAAAUAACUAGCAACAUCAAAACCUCGGCAGAAACAAACACUCCAAAUCCAGAAAAAAAUGCAACACCAAAGAGAAGCUCAUGUCUUCAUAUUCCCCUUACCUCUGCAAGGACCAGUGAACUGUAUGCUCAAACUCGCCGAGAUUCUCUCAAUCAACCAAAUCAAAGUCACAUUCCUCAACACAGAUUACAUCCACCAACGCCUCAUCACCCACACCGAUGCUUCCAUUCGCUUCCAGAGCUAUCCAAACUUCCAAUUCCUGACCGUCCCCGACGGCCUGCCCGAGGAGAAUCCUCGGACCGGCGCUGAGAUUGGGAAUCUUCUAGAAUCCAUGGACGUUUCCGCUGUUCCGAUAUUCCGGGAGAUGCUGCUGACGGCGGAAACCCCCGUGACUUGCUUGAUUGCUGAUGGAAUCUUCACUUUCGCCACCGAUGUAGCGGCCGAGAUCGGAGCUCCGCUUCUGUAUUUCGACACCGUUAGUCCUUGUGGAUUUUGGACGUAUCUCUUGUUGCCUAAGCUCAUUGAAGCAGGGGAGGUUCCUUUCAAAGAUGACAACUUAGAUGAGAUGAUAAAGAACGCACCCGGCAUGGAAGGCAUCAUCCGCCGGCGCGAUCUUCCGAGCUUCUACCGCACCAACGAUCUCAAUGAUCGGAUAAUCCAGCUAGUCUUGCGCGAGGACGAGCACAUCCCUCUCGCGCAAGGCCUCAUCUUCAACACAUUCCACCACCUCGAGGCUCCGAUCCUCGCUCAACUCCGCACCGUCUGCCCCAACAUCUACGCCCUCGGCCCGCUCCACGCCCACCUCAAGGCCCGGAUGGCGAGCCGGGAGGCUCGCUCCACAACCUCCAACAGCAUCUGGGAAGAAGACAGGAGCUGCAUUUCUUGGCUAGACAGACAGCCCUCCAAAUCUGUUGUCUAUGUCAGCAUUGGUAGUCUUGCUGUCAUGACAAAGGACCAAAUGUGUGAGAUAUGGCAUGGGUUGGUGAAUAGUGGGGUUAGGUUCUUGUGGAUCCGGAGGCCCGGCUCGGUCACCGGGUAUUCGGAUGAGACCGGGAUUGAUCAGGAGUUGACUCGGGGGACGGAGGAGAGAGGUUGCAUAGUGAGGUGGGCCCCACAGGAGGAGGUGCUGGCGCAUCCGGCCGUGGGUGGGUUUCUGACGCACAGUGGGUGGAACUCGACUCUCGAGAGCAUGGUCGAGGGGAAGCCUAUGAUUUGUUGGCCGUUUUUCGUUGACCAGCAAGUCAACAGUAGGUACGUGGAGGCGGUGUGGAAGGUUGGUUUGGAUAUGAAGGAUAGUUGCGAUAAAGUUGUCGUGGAGAAGAUGGUGAGAGAGGUUAUGGAGUCGAGGAAGGAUGAGUUCUUGAAGGGGGCGGAGGAGGUGGCGGAAUCAGCCAGGGCUGCCGUGAGCCCUGGUGGCUCCUCGUUUGUGGAUAUGGAUCGUCUUAUUGAGGAAAUUAAGACGAUGAAGAUAGCAAUAAAAUAGAGACAAUGAUGUUUGUUGUUCGAGUUUGUUGAUGUUAUAAUAACACAUAGAUGGUACUUUUGCCAUGUAUGGUUGAUUGAUUAUUUAAGAAAAUAACACGUUCAUGUUUUA